AGCGGCAGUAGAAGAAGAGUGGCAGCAGCAGGAGGAGAGAAGCGACGCUGUUGCGGCUACACGUGCAAUUACUCCUAUGUGCAUCUCUCCUCUGAAGGGCUUAUAAUCCUACCCUGCUCUGCCAGAAACAGCCACGGGAAACCACAACCAUGGGGGCAUAUCUGUCGCAACCUAACACGACCAAGAGCUCCUCUGAUGGCGGCAACAGCAGCAUGAGCUACGGCUUCUCUGCCAUGCAGGGCUGGCGGGUCUCCAUGGAGGAUGCUCACAACUGUAUCCCAGAGUUCGAUAAGGAGACAGCCAUGUUUGCUGUGUAUGAUGGACAUGGAGGUGAAGAGGUGGCCAUGUACUGUUCAAAGUACCUUCCUGAGAUAAUCAAAGAGCAGAAGACCUACAAAGAUGGCAAACUGCAAAAGGCAUUAGAAGAUGCCUUCUUGGCCAUUGAUAGCAGAAUAACCACAGAGGAGGUCAUCAAGGAGCUGGUGCAGAUCGCCGGACGGCCCACUGAGGAGCCGCCUGCUGAAAAAGUGGCAGAGGAGGAUGACUUGGACACAGAGGAGGCAGCUCUCCUCCAUGAGGAGGCCACCAUGACCAUAGAGGAGCUGCUAGUACGCUACGGCCAGAACCGCAAUGCUGUCAAACAUGCUGCAGCCAUCAGUGCUGCAGCUAAGAAGGUAUCCACCCCUCAUGGUGAAGCCACGGGGGAUAAAGAAGAUGGGGAAGGACAGAAGAAAGAAGGGCUGAAUGGGGAGGUGGAGGAGGUAGUGGAUAGCAGCAAGAAGGUGAAGGAGGAAGUGGAUAGCAGCAAGAAGGUGAAGGAAGGCGAAGGAGUGACCGGUGGUUCUAAGCUGAGAGCUUGUCGGAGAACAGGAGGAGGGGAAGCCAGUGCCACAGAUGGUGGAGAGUCAGGAAGCUCCAAUGGGAAGGAAAAGGCUGGUAAGGCAGAAGGAGACGCAGGUCCUUCCUGCUCAUCUGCAACAUCAAAGCCUGCAGGAGAUUCACAGUCAAGGUUUUUUGAUGACAGUGAAGAGUCUGAGGAGGGGGAGGAGGGAGAAGAGGAGGAGGAGGGCAGCGAUGAAGAGGAUGGUAGCGAAGAAGAAGAAGGUGACAGCAGUGAGUUGGAAGAAGAGGAUACAGAAGAGGGAGAGGACUCUGAAGAUGAAGACGGGGAGGAAGUGUGUCUGCCUGGAAUGGAUGGCAAAGAAGAGCCGGGCUCAGACAGCGGCACCACAGCCGUCGUGGCUCUGAUCCGUGGGAAGCAGCUGAUUGUGGCCAAUUCUGGAGACUCUCGCUGUGUUGUGUCUGAACGGGGUAAAGCUGUUGACAUGUCUUACGACCACAAGCCAGAGGACGAGGUGGAACUGGCUCGCAUCAAAAAUGCUGGAGGGAAAGUGACAAUGGACGGACGUGUUAAUGGUGGACUAAACCUUUCCAGAGCCAUCGGUGACCACUUCUAUAAGAGGAACAAGGCCCUGCCAGCCGAGGAGCAGAUGAUUUCCGCUAUGCCUGAUGUCAAAGUUCUGACACUGAACGGUGACCACGACUUCAUGGUCAUUGCCUGUGAUGGGAUCUGGAAUGUGUUAAGCAGUCAGGAAGUGGUGGACUUCAUCAGUGAGAGGCUCAAACCAGACCAGAAUGGCAAAGUUAGACCCCUGUCUUCUGUAGUGGAAGAGCUGUUGGAACACUGCCUCGCCCCCGAUACAUCUGGAGAUGGGACAGGAUGUGACAACAUGACCUGCAUCAUCGUCACGCUCCGGCCACAUCCCACUCAGUCAGACGAAACAAAGAAGAGGAAGCACCAGGAAGAGGCGGACGGGACUGAGCCAGAGGAGAACGGAAAUGACGGCAAAAAGGCCAAAAGUGACUAAACGAGUAGAGAACCUAUCCCAGAAAGAGCAGCUGGUUCCAUGCUACCCCAGAUACACCAGAGAGGCAUCCUGUUCAGAGUUAGACCCGUACCUCACAAACAUAAUUUCACACUAAAGCAGAUAUUAGAAAAGUUUGUAUGUUCAAAAAUCAACUCAACUUAAGAUCAUCACGGUUUUGGAUUUUUCUUGAUCGUCAUGCUACCACACCCUGUAGAUGUUUUGUAUGAUUGGUCCAGAUGGAAAGAUGCUUGACACACUUUCAGUUGCUUUUAAAAAGAGGCAAAUUCACUGCCACACUAAAAGCACUGCAGUUUCCAUUUAUUUGCCACUAAAAGGCUGAAGAAGCACCCGGUCCUCCUAUUUCUUUGUAAUCAUUUUAAGAGGACCCUUGUCCACUGAGCCAUGUGCUGCACACAGCUGGCACAUCAUCUCCCAUAUACCAGCUUCAGACUGUUCAGUCACGUGUGAUUAGUCUCCAUAUGAUGGUGGGAGGCGUGCAUUGCCGUUGUGGCUUUGCAGUCUGAAAACGUGUUGCAGCCAUGAAAUCGCACCAUGCUCUUAGUGUAAUGCCAGCAAAGGCAUUGCUUAAAGGUUGGAAUGGGUCUCUUCUCAUUGAUGCUUCACAAUGCAGUAAGAAUGGAUUGCCCAGUGUUGCUCUAAAUAUGUUGGUACCAUAUUUCAAGCUCAACUACAAUGUUUGUCAAAAUUAGUUCGUUUUAGCUUAGUCCCUUUUUUGUUUUAUACACAUUGCUGAGGAAGGAACUGAUGGAUUUGGGGUACCAGUUCAGUUGCCCUUGCAAGUUAUAUAUUUAACUUUUCUCAUUGUCCCAUUACAGCCAUUCACUGGUAAUGACUUUUGGGUUUUUUUCUCAGUCUUGUUGGUUUCAAAAGUACAUCAACAUUAUCCUGCCUUUUGUCAUUCCUGAUGUUUGUCUUGAUCAAAAUCUGUAAAUUUCCCUAUCAGGAUGUCAUGGAUGGAUGAAGCAAAUGUGUUUUCCAUCUGUAAGAUGAUGGCAGCAUGUCCAAUCGGAGAUGAGUUUGUCUUCAGGACCUUCAUCCAGCUCAGUCACUGUGUCUGUUCCCUCUGUAACACAUUUUUAACAUGAUCUUUAGGAUAUGCGUUUUAAGUAAAGGAUUUUCUUUUCUUCUUUUUUUUUCGGUUUUGAUUAAUCAGUCCUUGCAGUUUUUGAAGAAAUAUUGCUUUUUUUCCCUUUUUUUUUCGUGAACACAUUUGUAAAACGCCUUGAUGCUGGACUGUGUAAAGAAUGCACAAGAUUAUUUUUCUGAGUGGAAAAACUGUUUGACGUCGAGCACACCAGGACAGUGUGACUGUUUAGACUUUUUUAUUUUAAUUUGCAGAAGCCUCGUAUAAUUCAUUGUGACUGUAAGUUUCUAGUGUGCUUUCUUGUCAACAUGCCCUUUUUUCUGUACAUAGUUUUUGCAAUACUUGUAAUCGAAAGGAGGAAAAAAAAAAGCAUUUUCUUUGUAAUUGUAAGUCAAUGUGACAUUUUGGUGCAUACUCUUUUGACACCAGUAUGUAAGUACAUACAAAUACAUUUUUUUAAAUAAUCCGAAA